CGAUGAGAGGGUUUUAGCCCUGAUUGUGAAAUUUUUGUGACAAAUUUUGGCAGGGAGGGAGUUUUUGACCAUGAAAAGCCGGAUAACCAGUGCUUCCGAUCAGUUCGUAAAUUUCUUCUGGCGAGUUGUCUGUUGGCUAUGGGAAACUGUCGAACUCAUUCUGAUUAUCGUACUAGAUUGCUUGGCCAGGCUAAUUGAACUGGUACUCGUGAUAAUGAAUUUGAUAUUUCAGAUAAUCAGCUUUCUCAGAGACUUGUGCAUCGACGCGAUGCAGACGUUUGCCAAUGUUUUCCGAGGAAUCGUUAAAGUCAUUAGCAACAUCAGCUGCGACGAUGUUGAGGACUUUGCCUCUGCCUGUAUCGCCGUCAUUUUGUGUAUCGGAGCCGUCAAGAUGUUCAUGAAUCUUCUAAAGAGGGUAUAUAGCGCUUACAUCUCGCGAUAAUCAUUACCAUCAACAGCAGAUUAGCAAUUCACACGAUAAUUCAAUGAUUAGAGGAAUAAGAGACGCUCAUGAAUUAGUAAACAGCGUGUACUUAUCAGCCUUGAAUUUCAUAAAAAUCAUACGAAACGUCACCAUUCAUUUACUCAAAUAAUGUACUUGUUUCGUAAAAUAAGCGCAUUAUUUUAUUUCACGAGUCAAAACCAGAACAGGAUAUUUGCGUUUUCACGAAAAAGAAAAAGCUCAUUGUUUUAAAUCGAUUGUAUUUACAAUAUCUUUCAAUAUCAAUAUUUUCUGUAAAUAGAACAUUGCACGUAUCCUGUUUCGGCUUGUUCGUCACAUAUAUUUUCAUCUCAGUGCGACUUCCUGCAAAAAUGUGGUACCAUGCUUUUUAGAAUUGUCGAAGGUGGCGAAGUGCAGGAACUUUAAAUCGUUCAUGCGCGUGUCUCGCGAAGAAUAUCGCUGCCACGUGACGUGCGGAGGCUGCGGCGCAAAAACCAGGUAAACUACUUGGGUAGUUACUUCCCCCCCGGGUUUUAUCGACUUGCAAGUACGUAAAGAUUCGCGUUAACAGUUCCUAUGAAUCGCGCAUGCAUUAUCUGGUUUUUGAUCCGGCAAGUCGCGUUAAACAUCUGAUUCAAUUCGUCAUCAACUUGUUAUCAAUAUAUCAACGAUCAAUUCGUUGAUUAUUUAAAAUUAUACGCGCAUAAACGUAUGGACUUACCUGAUGACAAAAUUAUUUCGUUGUAACGGUAGCCGAAGUAAAAUGAUUCCAUUGCUGCGAUCACCAUAUCAUCCGUAGAACACUUAUCUUCACCGUGAACCGCGAAAAAAUUAAUACAAAUUGCGAUGUGAAAUGUCAAAGUGACGACUGUCUCGAUACUUAACGUCGCCGCGACAAUAGUUGGCAUUCGUGACUAAAUUUCAAUGUCAUGUUAUGUACUUCAGAAUCCCCACACGAAGCUGUUCAACGUGUUUGGACAAAGCGCGACGCCAAUUGGCAAUAACAACAAUCCGGCGACAAAGGAUCAUGAUCAGGAUGUGUGUGUCCCCGAGAGAAGGAUAAGUAGGAGGAUGAAGCAACGAAACAACAGGCGCUACCGAUCGAUAUCGAGAAAGAGAAAUCGAGACGCGUAAAAUCGUCCUUUUCAAAGCAUAAAUAUCUUUAUCGAGUAUUUACAGAAACGUUUAUUAUCCGUAACAACGUGUAUAUCAAAUAUAGCUCGCGUUGUAUAAAAUAUAUAACUUACAUCUUAUUAUAUACAUAGUUAAAUAUAUACGCGC